UUGAUCUGCGUCGAUUUGAAGAUGAUUACAUGAGAAAAUUACUUCACAAAAAUAUAAACUUUACGACGUCUGACAUAACACAAUACAUUCGUUCGAUUUCUAAACAAAAAAGAUGUCGACGAACUUCAUGAAACUCCAAACGACCUACAUAGCAAGUGCAGUGACUGCGACGGUCAUUGUGGUUGCUGCUUAUCUUAUGUCCAGAAAGAAAAAGGAUAAAGUACCGGAGAACUGGCAGGAAGUCGGAAUACUGGAAAAGAUCUACUUGUAUCCGUUAAAGAGCGGCAGACGUAUCGAAUUGGAAGCGGCCGAUUGCACGAAAGUGGGCAUCAGAGAGACGGAGAAGUUCGAUAAAUCCUUCAGAUUGAGGGACAGAUCGCUAGUGGUCUAUUCACCGAUAGACAAUGAAUAUAAAAUAGGCAAGAUGUACCCGAAGCUACUCUUCAUUGAGGUGGACUCUACAGACAUGGAAUACAUCACCAUCAACGCACCCGACAUGAGAACCCUCUUCGUUAAGAUUCCAAUGAGAGGUGAAACUGAAGAAAGAGAUAUCGUUCAAUUUAAUCACGAAAAAGUCAAUACCUUGGAUUGUGGAGACGAAGCUGGUCAAUGGAUUUCCCAAUACAUUUUAGGCAAAGAUGAAGGCUUGAGAAUCGGUUAUAACGACGGGAAAAAACCAAGGAACAUAGAAAUGCACAAGGAAAAAGCCAAAUAUUACAAAAACUUCGCAAACGACGCUGCUGGUUUACAUUCAGAUAUGGCGGCAAUUCAUUUAAUCAAUCAAGCCUCAAUUGACGAUUUGAACCAAAGACUUUCAAACGAAGACAAGAUUACGGCCUUGAACUUCAGGCCGAAUUUUACAAUUAAGGGUGAAAAUUUGAAACCUUACGAAGAAGAUAAAUGGGACUGGAUUAAAAUUGGUGAUGUUAUUCUCAGGAACGCUAUGGAGUGCGGUAGAUGCGUACUGACUACUAUUAAUCAGGAUACAGCUGAAAGAAAUAGGUCCAUGGAACCUUUAAAAACAUUAAAACUGUAUAGAAUUGGAGAUGGACCGGAUAAAUAUCCAGUGAUGGGUGCUUAUUUGAAGUUUAUUACUCUCGGUCAAGUCAAAGUUGGAGAUAAGGUUUAUAUAGGCUCACAAUAAAUCAAUAUUUGUGCCACUGUUGUUUAUCAUAGCAUUUAUAUUUGUACAUUAAAAAAAUAUAAACUAUAAAUUAACAACUAACAAAACCUAAUUCUGAUUAUAAUUUGUUAAAAUAAUAAAUAUUUUAACAAGAA